AUGUCCCAGCAUGUAAUCCUGGGUCAACCAAAGGACUGGGCUGAGGAGGCAGGUCAGUGGAGCACUGGCCUGUGUGAGUGCUACAAAGACAUGGGAGACUGUUGUUUUGCCUGUUGCUGCCUCCCAGUGUUUACUUGUAAGGUGACCAGUGCAGCCGGAGCAUGUCCCUGUCUGCCUCUGCUGGACUGGAUCAGCUGUGUGCCUCCAGCCUCUCUGGCCAUGAGGGCGUCAGUCCGGGAGCGAUACGGCAUACAGGGGAGCGCGUGGAGCGACUGCCUGUACGGAUGCUGCUGCUACCCUCUGUCCUGGCUCCAGAUCUCCAGAGAGCUGAAGAGAAGAGCAGCAUCCCACGCCGCCUCCUCCUCCUCCUCCGCACACAGAUAUUCUGCUCUGACCUCCCAGCAGGAGGCGCACCUGAUCUAG